AUGAUGUUGAAGUAUGCGAUUAGUGUAUUGUUGAUACAGACUGCGCUGGCGCAAGUGCUGUAUGAUGUUUACUAUGGGAAGCCUAUUACACAGGAGAGGAACAAUACGUUGACACUUCUGAACGCAACAAGUCCAUGCAUGAUAUCGGUGCAGCCGUGCAAGAAGCACGAGGGUCGGCGCGUGGACGGCACCUGCGUCAACCCCAAGUACCCGUCCAGGAACGGCUCCCCCACCCCCUUGCUCAGGAUGCUGCCUGCCAAAUUUGGGCUGGGUAACACCCUGCGACCAGCCAUGAACGGCUCCGAGUUGCCCUCAGCCCGCCUCAUUCGCACCAAGAUCCUGAGCGAAGGAUACCACGCCGAUCACCACUUCACCACGCUGGCGGCUAACCUGUUCCUACUGGCUGUUGGAGAUUAUCUGGAUGUCCUAUAUCUGUUGCGUUAUGUCAUGGCCAGUGAGUGUUGUCUGGGCAACACUCCGAACCGCGCCAGUCCCGACUGCAUCGCCAUCCCGGUGCCCGAGGACGACCCGUUCCUCCGCCGCAGCGGCGUCAGGUGCAUGAACCUCACCAGAUUCCAGACCUACCAGGACUUCAGAUGUAUACCUAAUACGCUUCCAGCAGAGCGGAUAACACUUUCCACACCAUUACUGGACUUGUCAAUAAUCUAUGGGAACACAGAGCAGCAGGCUGCAAGGACCAGGACUUACAGGAACGGUCUACUGAGAUCCGAACUCAGAGAUGGCAUAGAAAGACCGCCAGCUAAUGCCGCGACGUGUGUCAACAACGUGAGACCUAGGGAAAAUUCUUGUUUUGAAUUUGGAGACUCGUUCGGAGGCAACACGUUACAAGGGUCAACGAUAGUGGCGCUGGUGAUAUACCGGGAACACAACCGGCUUGCCCGCGAACUGGCCGGGAUCAACCCGUGCUGGGGCGACCAGGAACUGUACGAGACUGCCCGGGAGAUAAAUAUAGCUCAGUAUCAACAUUUGAUGUACUAUGAACUAAUGGCUUUGUUAUUAGGUAGAGAAAAUGCUUUACAAGUCGGCAUAAUAUACAAUACUGACGGCUAUGUGGAUGACUUUGAUGCGAGGUACAAGCCCGGGGUAUUCCACGAGUUUGUCCUGGGCACCAGAUAUUUCCACACUUUCCAAGAGGGCAGAUCGUAUCUUUACAGUAAUAAGGGAAAAUAUUUAGGAACCAGAACUGUUGUUGAUGAUUCAUUCAGAUCAGGUAUUUACGAGCUGAACAACACAGAAGCUGACCUCACGCAAGGGACGUUCAGACAACCUGCUGCUAAAUUCGAUCACAAUAUGGAUCCUGAUAUUGCGGAGCGUGUUUUUGGCAGUAGGCAACGAGCCUCUGAUCUGCCCGCAAUCGACAUCAAACGAGGUCGUGACCACGGCGUGCCUCCCUACAACGCCUACAGGAAACUCUGCGGGUUGCCCGUCGCCCGCAAGUGGGAGGACUUCAAGGAGAUUCAUCCUGAUAAACUAGAACAAUUUAAACGUCUUUACGAAGACGUAGACGACUUGGAGCUGAUGCCGGCCAUCUACAGCGAGAAGUGGGUGAAGGGCGCCGUCGUGGGCCCCACGCUGUUCUGCAUCAUGACCCAGAACCUGGUGCAGUGGAGGAAGUCCGACAGGCAUUUCUUUGAGCACGGAGAUCUGCCAACUUCACUGACAUUGCCCCAGCUUCAUGAGAUCAGAAAGACCAGUGUGGCUCGAUUGAUGUGUGAUAGCGGAGUGGGUGUCACACAUAUACAACCUGAAGCUCUUCUUGUUGAAAGCGAGUUCAAUAAAAUGGUACCUUGCAAGGCGAUCCCUAGCUUGGACUUGUCGGCGUGGGAAGACCCGAAGUGUCACAAGAAGAAUGAUGAUAAGAAACAAGAUGUGAAGGACAAUAGGCGGGAUCCAGUAGAGGAUUUAUCUUGGCAAUCUUAUAUUGAUAUAAAGUGA